GGAGGAGGAGGAGGAGGAGGAGGAAGGGGGGAGGCAGCGGCAAGCCAGGCUCUGCUGCGCUGUGUCUUUCUUUGCUUUCCGCAGGCGGCGAGCGGCGGAGGCGCAGAGGGGAGGUGGCGAGCGGUGCCGAGGGCUCCGGGACUCCCGCGGCCGGUCAGGAGGCAGCCCCCCGGACGGCAGGAGCCUCCCCAAGCGGGCGGGCUCCGAGGGGCUCGGAGCGCAGCAGCCGGUGGAUGGGAGCUCGGUCGCCUGCCAGCCCGUCGCACUGGAGAACGGUGCCAGCCCGCCAGCCGAGUGGUUCCCGCGUACCCAGGGCUCCGGCCCCCGCCAGCCCGGCAGCGACGGCGACGGCAGGAGCUUCAAAGUGAACCUACACUGCAAGCACCCGCGGCCCAGAGAGCUCAAGUGCAAUAGCAGGAGCAGCAGCAAAGCCGAGGGUCCCGGUCUCACAUUCCCCGACCCCCAUGUCAGCAACUGCUCGGCCAAGCGGCACGCGGGGGAGGAGGAGGUCAGGAUGCGCGUGAAGCCCCCGGGCCCAGUGGUAACGACCAGCGUUGUGCGUGGCUCGCCCGACUACGUCCGAGAGCCCAAGUUCUACCCGCCGGGGCACCCGGCGCAGCGGCCCCCAGCCUGCCCGGCGGAAAAGGCCUUAUCCUGCAGCGUGCUGAGCUUCCCUGAGGGCUCGUGCCCCGCGCUCGGCCGGGAGCACCAGGCAGGCUCGCUGCUGCACGGCGACCCGGCCGACCGGUGCCAGAGCGUGCACGGGGGCACCAAGGCGGCAGAGGACUUGCUGGGCUGUGCCGGUGAGCCCCGGAUCCUGGGGGGCAGCGCGGAGGAGGCAGCCGCCCGCGAUCGGGCGCCUAAAACCUUCCCCAACGCGACGCUGGCCUCGGGCCGCUGCAACGUCGACAGCAUCCUCGCCUUGCUCCGGAGCAAGUGCGGCAACGGGCACAUCAACCUCCACCCCGUGGUGCAGCUUAUCGACAUCAUGAAGGACCUCAACCGCCUCUCCGAGGACCUCAAGAGCAGUGGGGUGCACCUGGACUGCGGCAGCCUCCGCGGCGGUGGCGGCGGCGGCCACGAGGACAGCCGCCUCCUGCCCGCCGACCGUGACCUCCAGUACAGCUUCUUCUCCUCGCCCUCCCUGGCCAACAGCAUCCGCAGCCCCGAGGAGCGGGGGGUGCUCUGCAAAACCGAGCCGCCGCGGCAUCCCCGGCCCCCGGCCCGCGAUGGAGAAGCCGACGGCGGCGGGGGGAGCGCCCCGCAGCCCCCCGGCCACGGCGGGGGCGUGGGGGGGGCCUCCAAAGCACCGGCGGAUGAAGCCGGUUGCUCCCAGCCCGACGCCGGCGAUUACUCGGACCUGGCUGAGGCGGACAUCCUGAACGAACUGGCCUCCCUGGCGUGCCCGGGGACGCAGCUGCUGGAGUCGCAGGCGAUGGAGCCGCAGCCCCAGUUGCUGCCAGCCCAAGAGCUGGACGCCCAGUCCCGGCUGCUGGAUUCCCAGUCCCUCGAGUCGCAGCCCCAGCUGCUCGAUUCGCAAAGCCUGGAGCCGCUGCCGGAGUCUCUGGAGCUGCAGAACCUGGAGCCGUUGGGGUUGCAGUCGCUGGAGCCGCUCUCCGAGUCACUGGAGCUGCAGUCGCUGGAGCCCUUGUCCGAGUCGCUGGAGCUGCAGUCGCUGGAGCCGCUGGCGGAGCCGCUGGGGCUGCAGACGCUGGAGCCGCUGCCCGGGGCCCUGGAGCCGCCGCUGCUGGACGCGCGGGCCCCGCUGCUGCCCGCCGAGCCCUCGCUGCUGGAGGCGCAGCCGCUGGGGCCUGUGUCGGAGCUGCUGGAGGCGCAGCCGGGUGCCGGGGACCCGCUGCGGCCCCCCGGGCUGCAGCCCCGGCUGGGGGGUUGUCCCCUGGGCGGCGUGGUGAAGCGGGGACCCUGCGGGGGCCGGGGGGCCGGGCGGUGCGGCGAGGACCACCGCAAGUACGCCCUGCGCCGGACAGACAAGCCAAAGAUGCUGUGCCGCCGGAGGAGGGCAGGGCGAGGGCGCCGGGCGGACAUCGCCCCCGAGAGCCGCGUCUUGUCCCCCCUCGCCCUGCCUGCCGAGGUGCCCCCCGGGCCCGAGGAGCCCGGCGCCCCGCUGCUGGCCCCCCCGCCACCAGCCCCCGCCACCCUGGACCCUGACGAGGUGCCCAAGGCCCCUGCGACGGGGAAGAAAAGCAAGUGCCGGGGGGUGAGGAAGAUGGUGGUGAAGAUGGCCAAGAUCCCCGUGUCCCUGGGGAGGAGGAACAAGACCACCUACAAGGUGUCGUCGCUCAGCAGCAACCUGAACCUGGAGGGCAAGGAGCUGGCGGCCAGCAGCUCCAUGGAGCCCACGCCGCUGCUCAAGAUGAAGAACAACGGGCGCAACGUGGUGGUGGUCUUCCCCCCCGGCGAGAUGCCCAUCAUCUUGAAGCGCAAGCGGGGCAGGCCCCCCAAGAACCUGCUGCUGGGCCAAGCCAAGCCCAAGGAGCCCGCCCCGGAGGUGAAGAAGAGGAGGAGGAGGAAGCAGAAGCUGGCCUCGCCCCAGCCCUCCUACAUUGCCGACACCAACGACAGCAAGGCCGACUACUCGGAUGUGCUGGCCAAGCUGGCCUUCCUCAACCGGCAGAGCCAGUGCUCGGGGCGCUGCUCGCCGCCCCGCUGCUGGACCCCCAGCGAGCCCGAGUCCAUCCACCAAGCCCCCGACACCCAGAGCAUCUCCCACUUCUUGCACCGCGUCCAGGGCUUCCGCCGGCGCGGUGGCAAGGCGGGGGGUUUCGGCGGGCGCGGGGGCGGCCACGCCGCCCGUGCCGCCCGUUGCUCCUUCAGCGAUUUCUUCGAGGGCAUCGGGAAGAAGAAGAAAGCCCCCGCCGCCCUCCACGCCGACCCCGUGCACCCGCGCAAGCGGGGCCGGCCGGAGCCCGACCCCGUGGGCAAACCCAAGCGGAAGCGACGGGCCCGCAAGAACGGGGCGCUCUUCCCCGAGCCCAACCCCGGGCAGAGCUUUGGCGACGGCCCCGCCGAGUGGGCCGGGGGGGAAAAGGGCAGCCCCUGGGCCCCCCACCACGGCCACCCCGGCGGCCAGGCCGGCCGCAACGGCGGCUACCAAGGGGCCGAGGCGAGACCCUUCCACGCCGCCGGGCUGGAGUCGGGCUCCUCCGGCCGGGCAGGCUUCUACGCCGGGAGCGCGCCGUCCUCGCAGACGGAGGCCGGCCCGGAGAGGCACAGCCUCUUCACCGGCUACUUCCGCUCCUUGCUGGAUUCGGACGACUCCUCCGACCUGCUGGACUUCGCCCUCUCGGCCUCCCGCUCCGAGUCCCGCAAGUCGGCGGCCGCCUACACGGCCCCACCGGCCGCCCUGCCGGGGCAGCGGGGCCUGGCCGCCUACCCGGCCCGGGGCGGCAAGGUGGCGGCGGCAACUCCCGGCACCGAGGCCGCCUUCCACGCGGCGAUGCAGGGCCGGCCCGCCUUCCCGCCCGGCCGUGCCGCCGCCGCCGCCGCCGCCGCCGCCGCCGGCUACGGGGUGGCCCAAGGGUCGUCAGAAUGCCGGGGGGCCGAGGCCUUCCCCAAGCUGGCGCCGCCCUCAGCUGUCUCCCGGUCGCCCACGGCUCACCCGGCGGCCAGCGGCACCCCCGGCUACUCCCCGUACGGCAGCUACGGCGCCGGGCAGAGCGUGGCACCGGCCAGCGUCUUCCCGCCGGGGAAGCAGUACCCGUCGGCCCAGGACUGCCCCAACAGCAAGGACUGCAGCUUCGCCUACGGCAGCGGCAGCAGCCUCCCGUCCUCCCCCAGCAGCGCCCACAGCGCCGGUUACGCGCCGCAGACGGCCGGUCCCAGCCUGCCGCUGGGCAAAGCCGCGUUCUUCAACAGCGCCGAGCAAGGGGGACAAUUCUCCAGCGCGGCGCACACCCCGUUGCGCUGCGAUAGCCGGGCCAGCACCGUCUCGCCCGGCGGCUACAUGGUGCCCAAGGGUUCGGCCUCCUUUCAGCCCUCGCCCGAAAAUUGCCGGCAGUUCCCUAGCGCCGCGCCGUGGGCUUUCCGGCAAGGCUACGGCGGGCUGGACUGGAGCUCAGAGGCCUUCAGCCAGCUCUACAAUCCGGGUUUCGAGUGCCACCUCAACGAGCCCAACGUCAUCCUGGACAUCUCCAACUACACCCCGCAGAAAGCCAAGCAGCAAACCGUCUCGGAGACCUUCUCCGAAUCCUCCUCCGACAGCACCCAGUUCAACCAGCCGGCCGGCUACCGGCGUGCCAACAGCGAGGCCUCCUCCAGCGAGGGCCAGUCCAGCCUCUCCAGCCUGGAGAAGCUGAUGAUGGACUGGAACGAGGCGUCCUCCGCCCCGGGCUACAACUGGAACCAGAGCGUCCUCUUCCAGAGCAACUCCAAGCCCGGUCGGGGCCGACGGAAGAAGGUGGACAUGUUCGACACCUCCCACCUGAACUUCUCCUCCUCUUCCUCCUCCUCCUCUGUGUACCCCUCCAAGAGGAGCACGGGACCCCGGCAGCCCCGGGGGUCCCGGGGGGCUUGUGCCUCCAAGAAGGAGAGGGGGACGGGCAAGGCCAAGUUCCCCACCAAGUCGCAGGCGGUCAACCCCCUCUUCCAGGAGAGCACGGACCUGGGCUUGGACUACUACAGCGGGGACAGCAGCAUGUCCCCCCUGCCCUCCCAGUCCCGGGGCUUUGGGGUGGGCGAGCGGGACCCCUGCGACUACGCCGGCCCCUACUCCAUGAACCCCUCCACCCCCUCGGACGGGACUUUCGUCCAGGGUUUUCAGAGCGACUCCCCCGGUUUGGGGCAGCCAGAUUUGGAGAGCAAGCACUUCCCUGCCCUCCCGCACCAGCUGGCAGCCCCCGGCCAGCAGACUGUCUUCGAGGCCGGCUUGCAGAAAGCCUUCUCGCCCAACUGCUCCCCAACCUUGGCCUUCAAGGAGGACCUACGGGCGGGCGACAUCCGUAAGCUGCCCGCCUGCGACUCGCUCAAACACAGCAUGCAGGGGGGGGCCCUGCCGCACGCCCCCCACCUGGCUUGCCGCGAUCUCCCCAUGCCUCAACCGCACUACGACUCCCCCAGUUGCAAAAACCCCCCGUACUGGUAUUCCCCCAACGCCAGCACCCGUAGCCCCUCGUACGACGGCAAAGCGGGGGCCGGUAUGCUGGUAGACUUCAUGGGCAGGACGGACCCCCCAUGUCUCAACCCCCACUUGAGCAGCCCGAGCGGCACCCACCCCUCCAAGGGCGAGAAGGAGCCCUUGGAGAUGUCCCGGGCUCACCACCGAGGACCCUACGCUUGUCCCUUGAUCAAUGACUUGAACAUCUCCCCCGUACCGAGAGACUCAAUGCUGCAGCUGCAGGACAACUACAGGUACCCCAGUUUUGCACCCCAAGGGCACCCCGUCAUGGCCCCCACCCAGAAGAGCGGGUUUUUGGGACCCAUGGUAGAGCAACAACACCCCGAGGACACUUUUACGGUCACCUCAUUGUAGUGUCUGCUGACGUGCCAACCGGACAACGAGGUUUUGUUACAGGAGGUAAUUUAGCCAGCACUUUUUUCUGGAACACUUUUCAAGUUCUGUAUUUAACUGGGAUUGGAACCGUUUGUUUGUUUUCUAAAAAAAAAAAAAAAGGAAAAAAAAAGGAAAAAAAAGGAAAAAAAAAGUUAAAAAAUAAGCGAAACGAAAGGAAAAAAAAAUAAUAACGGACGAAGAGAGAAAACCCCCGUUUUUUUUCCCCCCUCCGCACUCAAACCCACUCCGCCUGCCAACCGCCUGGCUCUGCUUUCCGGACUGCCGCCCCCACCUCCCGCCCCGCAGCAGGACAAUCGGACGGACAGACGGACGGACGGACGGACGGAUGGACGGCGCCGGCCCCCGCCAAGCCCAGGGCAGGGGCGCAGGCAGGGAGGGCAGGCAGGCCGGGCAGGAGGCGGCCGUGGGGCCUGGGGGUCAGCGGCUGGGUGCCCCCUGCCCGCAGCCCGGCCGGGGGGCAAGGGCAGCCCCCUCAGCCGCCCCUGGGGGGGUCUGGUUGGGGUUUUGUUUUUUUUUUUUCUUUUCCCUCCCGUCCGCUCGCUUGCCGGGGGUGUUUUUCUUGCCGGAUGGAUGCCGAUGGGUGUUUGGGAGAGCUGACCCCCACCAGGCUCUGGCAGCUUCGCCAGCGGGGUUCGGAGACGCCACCGUCACCCGCCUGCCCGCCAGCCACAGCACCCUCGGCCCCGCACCCCGCACCCGUCCCGGCCACCGGAGCAGAGAGGAGAGGAGGGGGCCGCUGCCAGCGGGGUACCCCGGCCUCGUCGCCCCCCGCUUUGCCCGCCGGCCCCCACCUUGGCCGUGGCGCCGGCGCCGCGUUCUCUCUCCUCCCGGCCAGAAGCAGAGGGACUCUUUAAUUUUGAUUUUUUAUUUUAUUAAUUUUCAUUUUCUGCACAAAACCAGCAAUUGUAAAUACUUUUGAAGAAAAGGAGUUAAAAAAAAAAAUGUUUAAGGAAAAAAAAAUCUUAAAAAGCUGAAAAUUCACAAAAAAAAAACUAAAAGAAGAGAGAGCCACACACCGGAGGGAGAAUCAAAAAGUGACCGAGAACAGAGACCUAAAGCGACCGAGAGGUGAAUAUGCAGGAGAGAAGAGCAAAAACCCACCAGUAUGCACUGAGAAAAAUUUAUUUACAGAUCGAUCGACAAAAAAAAGAAAAGAAAAAAAAAAGUAACAAUAACCUAUUUAUUGUAUAUAAUGUUUUAUUAUAAAUCGUGUCUUGUAUAUUGCA